CAGUAUCGCCUUUUCUUUCUGGUCAUACCCAUAGCUCGUACAUCAUUCGACACCACCUCGCCCGACCCACCCACGAACAAGACAGAAGCCGGCACGGGUCUCCCCUGUCUGCUUCUUCUCCAGCGAUACCCCACUGUCCGCAGCACGAUGCUCUCCGAUCGAGACCCCAAUGGCGGCGGCCGCACGUCGAGAGCCUCCAACGUGUCUGCUCUGAGUCGGACGUCAGGUAAAACCGCACAACGACCACCAAGCUCUGACUUCCCAGCUCUCGUCGGCCGCGGCGUCUCCUCGAUGCUCCGCACCGAGACGGAGAUGGGCAAUGUUGGCGGCGUUGUCCUGGACGACUUGUCUGGCGUCGGCAGCAUGCAUCGCACUCUGCAGCGGCAUCGCGCCCCCAGCCGGAUGUCGACAGCUUCGUCCAUGUCCAACACCUCGAGCGGAGCUAGCAAGCACUUCCGUGGAUAUCCUUCGUCGUCGUCGGCACCCCGACACUCAACAGGGCCACACGGUCCGCAGUAUGUCGCGAAUGUCCUUACGCCGCCGAUGCCGAACGGCACUGCACCAUCGUCCUUUGACGAGUUGGGCAACCGCAGCAGAGAUCCGCAGCGCUCGCGGUCAAUGACAAACAGCAUGCAUCCUCCUUACGCACUCUCGAGCAACAGGUCCCUUACCAGCCUGCGCCCGGCGCAUGGUUCGCAUCCCCAGAACCCAUAUGUCUAUCCAGGCUCUUAUGGUGCUGGGCUCAUGCCAAUGAACUCCAACCACCGUCCGAUCUCACCCGCCCUGAGCGACAAUACCGGCAUGCGCCCACGGGCUUCACACCGCCUUGAAGACCAGCGACUAUCGAACGGUGGCUACGGCCAGGCCUACGCCAACAUGGGACGCGCUCACAGAAAGAGAGGCCAACAAAACGGAGGACAGGGGCAGCAAUACCGUGGCCUCGGGAACCCGCACAACGUAGGGCAGAUGAGGACCAGACUUCCCUCUCAGCCAUCCUUGUUGACGCCGCCUCUGCCAGCAAACCACAAGCAUCGUAUCGCGGUUGAGCACGCUCGCUGCAAGAGGCCUGCGCCAGGCUCUGUUUCCAGCGGCUCGACAAACUUGCGUGCCGAUUCCGAUGUUCCGUCGUCUGACAUGACUUCGCCUCCGACGCCAAGGGACGGCACGCACAUAGAGUUGCUGCACAACCGGGAUGGCACAAAGGCAGUGGAUCUUCGCACCAUGGGUUCCAACAAACUCAUCGUCUCUGAAGAAAAGACGUCUGUAGCGUACUACGACUACAGUGAGCAGUUUGAUCACGACGAGUACGCGCAGCCGGACACCAGGGCCAUUCCCACAGGCUUCGUAGAUCGGACCGUCAUCGAGCAGUGCGUCCCAGCGAGUGGCGUGGCGGCAUUGAACAGUGAUUCUUUUUUAGAGCAAGAGGCACAGCCAAUCAUGGCGCAGCCGGCCAACAUCGCAGAGCUUCCAGCGUCACCGGUAGCUCGGCGUAUUACCAGGGAUUUGAUAUUAAAAGGUCUGGAGGCUUCGACGACGGGCGAUAUCCAGAGUUUGGCCAAGUCUCCAAAUACUUCAGUGGACAGUGAACGUACUCAGUCGGUUGAUCUUCCGGUCAAGCCACACUCGGCAGCCGAUGGGCAAGUCAGGACGUCGUUGCACUCGGCGCAGAACAAGGAGAACCGCUACAGCAUUCUCUCGCAGGCUGGAUCGAGCAUUCUUGACUCGUCGACUCUCAAUUUCGCGGUCAGGCAUUCGAUACCAGUAGCCACGAAUGGUGGGUUUGGAGAAGAGGUUGCACGUGAGUUUGGGAGGGAUGCCAACAUGGCUGCGAGUCCUGGACGCAGUACCGAGGAUGGGAUGACCGAUGUCUUAGCCGGCUACCAGGGGGGCGAUUCCAAGUGCGAGACUGAUUUGCUCAGAAAUGUUACGAAUUCCGAGAAAAAGACGCAUGCAGAGGAGCAUACAGCGACUGGUACAGAGGAUGUCAUGAAGCCGUUGCCGCUUGUCAUACCAUCCACAAGCAACCAUGCUCAUAAACCGUCGGACGAUCAAUCUUUCAAGUCUUGUACAGACAUGCUGGAAGAACCAUCUGGUCGAGCGCUGUCCGACUCGCAGAAAGACUGUGUCGGAUCUUCCGGGUCAGCUACUGACACCUUGCGCAAGCGAGAGGAACAUCCGAAGGAAUCUGGAACCUGCUCUUUCUCGACAACCAGUGAUGCUGUUGGCCCCGAUUGUGAAGCUUUUGUACCGCCAUCUCGACUCCCUCUGCCAAGUUUAGGGACAAUGGUUAUGAAAAAGAACAAGACCAGUUCCGAUGUGUCUUCCGGGUUGCCUGCAGUCGUACCUCGCAAGCAGCCUCCAGUACCUCGUCGGGAGUCAAGCUUCUCGACUGUAGCAAACAAGCUUCGGCCAAACUCGAAAACAAGCGUCAGGAAGAGUUCCUUGUCGGCCUCGGGAUCUUCUUCUACGCUGAGUACUACGCAUCCGUCACUGGUAGUACCUCAACGAGACUCGAGUGUGUCCAAGGAAGCUCAGCGAGUACAUGCUGCAGUAUCUUUCUUGAUGCGUCCUCUGCCGUCCCGAUUUGCCAAAGGCCUGAAGCGCGCUGACGCGGAUGAUACUCCAAAGUCGGAUGAGACAGUUCUGUGCACAGUCGCAUCUCCACAGGAUACCAACGGUGGUGCCGCUUCUAAAGAUGUACCAGUGUCACCGUCGACUGUAGAUGCUGAAGAGCUCAUCGAAAAGGUGUCUUUGACACCAACAGGGGUACCUCCUAAGACACGAGUCAUCAGGUUUGAUCCUCCGGAGGCCGAUAACCAGCACAAGGCUUUUGGAAACAGCCCAGCUCCCGAGAAAGAUCAGCAAACUCCGGGUAGUAUGUCGCCUGUGGUUCCAGAGCCGUCCUCUGUAUACUCGAUCCAGGAUCAUUCUUCCCCCAGCCACGAAGAGGCUUGUCCGCAUGUUGUCCCUACCUCUUCAGAUAGCAAUCGACGUGACAGCCAGACUACUACACAUCUGGAAUGGCACCACUAUGGACAGCCUUGCGCAGCCCCGGAUUCCCAGCAGAUGUCAUUGCGCCCGUCGAAUGGUAUUGGAUCUCACCUUGACUCGCUGGCUCUGGCACCGUUGACCAACAGCCAAGAGGACAGUACAACUGAUCUAAGGCUUUCGAGGUACCGCUACCCUGGUCCGUCGCGUUAUCUUCCUGACCUGAAGGAGGAGUCGCACGAAGACUCGAGUCUUAACACCAGUGCCAGUAACCUGAAAAGCUCGAGUUUUCGAUACCCAUUUGGAGCUCCAUCGGGUAUUCGGGCUUCGGGUGAGGAUUUGAUCAACUUCUCGAGGAGGUCAUCGUCGAGGGCGUCGUGUCGGCGCAGUGGCGUGGACAGCAGUGUCGGUGGCGCGCUCGCUCAGACGCACGGCUUGCCUUCGAUGCGGUUCAGCCGGAUCAAUCUGUUUGACGGACUGUCUGAUGAUCUUGGCCUGCGGUACUCUCGUUCGAUGGAGGAGGUGGCCCAUGUCUCGCAGAGACUGAGUAGAGCCAAUCCGCCGCGGCCUGCAUCGGCUGGUGAUGUAAAGGGCCUGCAGAUUUCGCUUGCUGAGCUCGAAGAGGUUGAGCGCUCGAGGAUGUCGAUGCAGCCUAAUACCAUGAUGGGAUUGUUAGCUAUGCAUGGUGCUCGCUCGCCCGAGUUCAUGGCGGAGAUUGAGCGGCUGACGAUACCUUCGGUAGGGGGACUUACUCAGCGCUUCUCCGAGUUCUUCCCGUCGCUCAGGGAGUAUUACAAGUGCGGUGAAUCAGCAGAGUUUCCGGUCGAGGAAGAGAUUGAGAAGCAUGCAAUCGAGGAGAUCCAUGAGGUGCAUCCUACGCAGAAGCGCUCGUCUGCUCGUCUGCGGCCUAUCCGUGGUGUCUCGCACAUGGUUGUCAUUGACGAUGACCUCUAUGAAGAGAUGACGGGCAAGGAGAAGGGCAAGGAGAAGGAGAAGAAUGCUGCAAGUGCUAUGGACGAGGGUGCUGCAGCAACGGACGCUAGUGGGGCAGGCUCAAUUGGGGGGGAGUCGGAGAAGGGCAAAGGCGUGACGACGCCGCCAACACAGCACGAGACUGCUCCGCUUCCCAAGCUGCAAGGACCCUCACCUGUCUUCCUCCGCCCACGCUCCAACACAGUCAAUCUUCAAGGCCGCCGCCAUUCAGGAGAGUCUGCUUUGUCAUCGAGAAGGUCAUUGAGGUCGUUUGUCUCUACGCCCACGGCAACCGAGACGCGUCCCUGGAACUCGGACAAGAACUAUCCUUGGACAACAUCAACAAACCCCUCGAUUGACAUCUCACUCCCACCACCCACGGCCGCGAAGCACUCGCCUCGCCCCGGUCCUUCGCAUCUCCGCAACAGGCUUUCUGAAGCGUCGAGUGCGAGCUCUUUCUCGACUGCACAGACUGCCACAGCGUCGCCCUUUGGCUCGCCCGCUGACAGCACCGCACACGCUCGCCAACACCGCUUCAGCAGCUUUGGCCGCAGCAACGACCAGCCGCACGAAGUAGGAGAGCGCUACCCCACGUCUGCCUUGUCACCCCCUACAGCCAUCUUCCGCGACCACCUGUCUGCCUCUGACACGUCUGACGACGAGUACUACGACACGUCUCGCAAGACCAGGCUCUCGCUGCGCAAGCGCUUUUCAUCAAGCCACAAAAGUACGCUCCACAACCCACCACACUCUCGAGCCGCCCGAGGCAAGCCUAACCAAGACCCAGCUCCUCCCGAGUCGACGGGACCAUCAGCAGCCUCCAUUGUCCAAGACAGUGCCGGCGAAGCACAAGCCUUCAGCUCUGCGGCCAAAGCCAACCGCCACACCUUCCGCGACGCGGAGGGCAUGCGAGCAGCUGACUACCGCAAGCAACGCAUCAUCGACUGUCUCAAGACGUGGUGGCACAAGAGCUCCCGCCUCAUCCGACACCUCUCUAUCCGCAAAGACUCAAACACCACUAGCGCCUAA